CGCGCUUAGGUUACUUUAAUCGACUAAGAGAAAUGAGUUUGGAAAGCCAAAAAACGCAGCUUUUCUGCAAGCCACUCUCUCAAACAGAUAUCAAUGUGAGGCUUUCAGUUCCGAUGGAAAGUUUUGGUGCCUUUGAGUUUGCAGAGGGUGAAUUCAAGGUAGAUUUCACAGCCAUAGACAUCGAAGAGAAGCCAUGGAGGUUUCGCCUCUCCAAAAGGGAGAAUGAUGUCCACCCCAAACCGGUGCUGAACGCUGGAUGGCUUGCUUAUGUUCAGAAAAAGCGUCUUCAGAAAGGUGAUAAGUUCCUUCUUCACGUUGAACGUAAAGAGAAGGAAAAGAGAUACCGAAUUCAAGCGCUGAGAAAAGCCUUCAAGUUUGGGGGAUCGGACAUUUGGGUCGACGUAGAGAAGUUAAAGAAAGAUGUCUAGGGAGUUCCACCCAUGAAAGUUCUUUGACGGGAUUAGAAGGUUCUACUACGUACCUCAUCAUUCUGCCUUUUCUGUUAAUUAGAAAAUAAACAGUUUCAUCAACGAACGUUUAAUUUUAUUGUUAGUUAGAGGAAGACGUUAAGGGAUCAGUUUCAGUUUCAUCAAACGAAUGUUCUUCGAUAGGAUUAGAAUCCAUUUUCUUUGUAGCUUUUUUCGCCUUUUUGGUUUUUGCUUCCUCUCCCCUGUACAGUUUCUCCUUUCCUCUCACCUUUGAGAGAUGUUUCCUUCUCAUCUUCUCCCUCACUUUUCAUCCAUUGCUUUUUGGUUUUCUCCUUUCUUGUUUUUCAUUUCUCUUUCGUCUUCACUGUUUGUACAGAUUGGUUGAGGAAUCAGAAAUGGGACAAAGAAGAAAAAGCCAAAUGUUUU